AUGAAGUUCACCACCAUCUCUACUAUCUGCCUGGCCGCCGGCACCACCUUCGCCGCUCCUACCGCUUCCAGCGGCGAGGAGAGCACUACUCUCCAGCCGAUCUACAUCGAUAGCUGGACCGCCGCGUUGUACUCGGAGUUCAAUCGGGGCACGAUGAUGUUCAACAUGGGCGACCCCAACAAGAAUGUUAAGACUAACUGCAGUGUUAUCUGGGAACGCGGGUUGCCCGUACCCCAUAACACGAUGGUCAAGUGCGACAACAAAGCCUACGAGUUCGGUUUCCCUAAAGGCAUCGACUCUAUCGAUGAAUUCACUCUCAAGGUGGCUCGCACUAACGGUGCCUGGAGCGGACACUAUGCAGCUAACUCGCAGAACAAGAAUUGGAAUUGCAACGAGUAUGCUCAUGGUGCGUUUAAGGAGAAGUGUGAAUUGAUUGGUACUUUGAAUAUGGAAGUGAAUCACCCGAAAUCAUCCUGA